GUUACUGAGCUUAUCCUCACUCAGUCAAUUUACCAACCACUAACCAUCGAUUAUGUUUUUUUUUUCACUCGCGAUCAUUAAAUACCUACCUAUAGGUAUUAUUAUCGUGUUGACUGUUGUUAAAUAUUAUUGUUAAUUUGUAGUACCCGUUUUCAAAAAAUAUUUCAUAAUUUUUAUUAUUUACUUAAUAUUUGAUCAUCUAUGUAUAUUGCAUUUGUUUUCCUGUUGAACAUCGAUCGAAAUCGAAUGAGUAGGGCCGUCACUAUCUAGCGCAAGUGUUAAUAAUGCAAAGCGGUGUAAGUUUGUAAACAUUAACCGCCGAAAAAGCCUUUUACGUUUUGACUUGCCAUCACAGUCAAUAACGGACAUUGUUUGAAAAUAAUGUGCUGUACGACACUAUAAACCGGUAGUGAUGACUGAAUGGAAAUCCAGAUCGUUACCGAGCAAUUUCGAGACACUGUCCAUGUCCAAUGUUCCUGUCGGUCCGUCAUGUUUACGUUCUAACUCAAAAAAAACCUACAUAAGUCGCAAUGUCUCUUUUCCGGAUGACGAAAGCCAAAUUGUCACUGGCAUAUUGGAAACGGCACAUCCAUGGGAAUGCUUGGAAAAUGUGACAGCUGACUUAUUAAUAUCUAAAUACAAAGAAUCAUGUGAGCGACACAAUACCAGUCCCUUAUAUUCUGUACUAGCCCAAAUAAGAAAUGUAAAUUUAAAUGUAGAAAGAAAUGAUUGCUUUGACUUGAAGGGAGUAUAUUUAAACAAUGUGGACUGUGAAAGUCUAGAAGAAAUUCUAAAAAGAGUUCAAUUUAAAACUAUAAAUGUCGAAGCUACUGGAUUAAAUGAUGAUGCAGCCAUUGCAUUAUUUGAUAUGUUAGAUUUUUAUGAAUCUGCUGUUUGUCUAAACAUAUCAUCAAAUAAUGACAUUGGCGUUAGGGGUUGGCAAGCAUGUGCUCGAUUGUUAAAAAAGUCUAAAUGUUUAGAAGAGUUAGAGGCAAGAAACACAAUACUUAGUGAACAAAGUAUGCAGAUAUUAGGUCGUGCCUUACGAUUUGGUUCACAAUUAUAUGUUUUAAAGCUUGAAAAUUGUAACCUAUCGGACCGAACAUUAUCAUCUUUAGCAUCUUCUUUAAAAUUAAACACAACAUUGAAAGAAUUGUACUUAGCAGAAAACUAUUUAAAUGAAAAUGACGCAACACAACUUGCCAGCUUACUUAAAUGUAACUCUACUUUGGAGUUAUUAGACUUGAGCAAUAAUAAUAUUCAAAACAAAGGUUUUAAAGUAAUUUGUGAGAGUAUUGUGCAUCAAAAUUCACCAUUGACUAUUUUAAUUGUAUGGAAUAACAACUUGGAUCAAGACUGUUCGGAAGCACUAGCAAACCUAUUAAGAAAGGAAACAAAACUAGAAAUGCUCAAUGUUGGUUAUAAUUGCUUGCUCGAUUCUACAACCAAAGUUAUAAAAAAUCCCUUGAAAAACAAUAAAAACAUACUUCGAUUAGGUUUACAAAGUACACAAAUAACCUGUAUAGGAGUGCAGUAUUUAUCUGAAGCUCUUGAAGUCAACACAUCAUUGCAAAGAUUAGAUUUACGUGAUAAUAAUAUACAAGUCAAAGGUUUGAAGAAUCUGAAAGAUUCUAUUUUGAAAAAUUGUAGAAUUACACGCCUAGAUUUAGAUCCUCAGCCACGUAAUCAAUAUGCUGCUGACAUAACUAAAGAAUAUACCAACUUGUUGGAAAGUGUAAAACAGAUAUGUUCGGAAAAUGAAAAUAAAAGUAAUAAUAGAGAAAUAGAUAAUAAUUUAUUAGAUCAAAGAUCUGAUGACGUUAAUGUAACAAAAGCCAUCAAGAUCCCUAACGUAGAUUCCAGAAAGAUCUCUCUCACUUGUGAAUCCUUAAUGAUGCAAUAUAAUUCAUUAAAAAAUCCAAAUUUUCUUGGUUCUGACGAUUACCUAUCUACGUUAAGGGGGAGCGGUGGUCGCCUAAGAAGUCCUGCUCCGAGCCCAAUUCACAGUCCUAUUGCCAAUAGCCCCGCCUGUAGUCCAUUAAUAACAUCAACCCGAAAUCGUUUUCAUGUAUCUAAAGUGUCCGAACAAAAGCCAAAAGAGAGUAGAUUUAAAGUGACUAAAUUAAAUAGUCUAAUUGACAAAGCUCCAACGGCCAGUAAUGAAUCUUUGUCAGAUGAUUCUUUUGGGCACACCGACUUAGAACUAACUAUUGAUAGUUUGGAUUUAUGCAAAAAAAAAAAUGUAGAUAAGAGAGAAGACCAAAGAACGAGAAAAGUUUCUUGGGUUAUGGGUUCUCGUCCUUUAUUAACAUCUUUACAAAACUUCACCUCCAGCUUAGAUCAAGCCACGACGACUGGAGUUGAUAAGCUGCUUAGUCUGUUCAGUCCUUUCUCUAGUGGUGAUAAAUCUUCAACGUCUGUUGACACGGUAGAGUCAAAUGACUCUGUUUUUGAAUCGGAACUUGAGCCAAAGAAACCUGUAAAUUUUGAUCAAGCUACUUGGCCGCCGGUAUUUGGCAGUUUAAAAAAAGCUACUUCAAUCUGCAGACCGUUAUCUGACAAAGGUAGACAUAGUUUGAACGAUUUACGUACUUUUUAAACUCAUAUGUGUUACCAUUUAAGUCUUAAAAAAGGAACAAAUGCAUUUGUAUUGUUAACUUAUUAUUUAAGCCCUUCCCCUUGUAAUAAAAUUUUCAUUUACAGAAUCCCUAGAAACAAAAUUGUGAUUCAUAAGCACACACAAGUACAAAUUUUAUUUUUAUCUUUGUUGAACAAUUUAUAAAUUAUAUUUUAUGGGAUCGUUUUCAUUUAGUUAUUAUUGUUGAAUAGUUUAUAUGCUCUGCAACCAAGAGCAGGUGAGACUUGCAUAGUAACUUAAAUAUGCAUUGUGUGAUCAAGGCACAUCAAUCGAAAUCAAAUAAUUUUUAACUCAAAAUAUCAUUUGAAUUUUUAAAAACGGUUAUCUUAAUAACCAUCUUAAUUACCAAACCGAUUAAUAUUACUUAAAAUUAUACUUAUUAAUAUUACAUACAUUGUAUUAUAUAAAACUCGAUUGUUUAAAAUAACUCUAACAAAAUGAAGAGAUGAUGAUUUUUCCACACGUUGGGAAAAUACGUUGUAUACUAAUUUUAAAGAUUGGUUCAUGGCUAGGGUUAUUUUUUGCUAAUAAAACCCUAUGGAACUAAAGUUAAACUUACACGUGUAUUCGGAGUUCUUAUUUUUGUAUAAUAUUCAAGUUACCACUCAAAUAAAAGAACAAAGAGAUAAUCAUUGUGUAUCUGUUAUUGUUACUGAUUAUCUAUUAUGUAUUAUAUAUUUGUUAAUAUUAGGCAUGAUUAUUUGUUUGUAUAUCUUACUUUUUUAUACACAUUGAGUUUUGUAAUAAAAUGUGCAAUAACUAUUUUCUGGGUCUUAGGCAAAAAUAUGUUACUGUUAGUGUGCAUAAAAUCGUUACUACUAACUUCAAAUAAUAAUUAUAAUUGUAUGUUCAUGUUUUUAAAAAUAGUAUUGCAAUUUAAAUGUUUUUCUUAUCUUUCCGAAUUUCUAGAUAUUUUUAUAAUCUGUGAUUUUUGUCUUGGUUUUUUCUUUGUGAUAAUUUUUUUCCAAAGUUCAUACAAUGUUUAUUAAUAUACUGUUACUUUAAUUUCACUUCGGUUACUUAAAUUUAUAUUGAAACUAAAAUAUAUUCCAAAGACUGAUUUUUUCCAAACAGUAUUUGGAAAGACUUAAAAGUCAAUUUACUAAAAAUAAAAAACAUUAACUCUCAUUAUAUUGUUUCGUUACAGGUGCCAUUU